CAGCCCGCGGCGCGUCUGUCCCCUUGCUCCGUCCCACAAUCCUAUUCGGUCGCCUCACCCACCACCGUCCACUGCCUCGGCGGGCACUCCGUAACUUGCCUACUCUCUGAACAAAAACACCAUCACCUCGACCACCAUCGCAACCGCCCCAGGCGUGUCUUGAUUCAGCCGGCUCGCCGCCCGCCUUCCAAGGCCCCUCCAUCGCGGCCUCGGCGCCCCUCUGCUUCACUAUCACUGCUCUCCCUCGCCUGUUGCUGCGCCUUUUCUCACAAGGGGCCCGCGGUCGGUCGUGUUGCGACUCGUUGGUUAGGCUCUUUGUUGCCCGGCCCUCGCUGCUGCCGCCGCCGCCUCCCCCAUCUCUGUCAUCGUCGCAGGCCGUCGCGUACCUCGCCAGAGGUCUCCCUCCACGACAUCGCCGCGCCCGAGCUGUCGACUACGAGGCGCGCCUCAUGACCACGGCGUCGCCGCUGACCCGUCCAUAGCGCCCACCAUGUCUGCCAACAGCAUCAAGGUCGUGGCCCGGUUCCGGCCCCAGAACCGGAUCGAGCUGGAUUCGGGCGGCAAGCCUAUCGUGUCGUUCAACUCGGAUGACUCCUGCACUGUCGACUCGAGAGACGCCCAAGGGUCCUUCACGUUCGACAGGGUAUUCGAUAUGGAAUGCAAGCAGCAGGACAUCUUUGACUUUUCCAUUCGCUCCACCGUCGACGACAUCCUCAACGGCUACAAUGGCACCGUCUUCGCCUACGGCCAGACGGGCGCUGGCAAGUCGUACACCAUGAUGGGCACCAACAUCGACGACGAGGAAGGGAGGGGCGUCAUCCCGCGCAUCGUCGAGCAGAUCUUUGCCAGCAUCAUGUCGAGCCCCGGUACGAUAGAGUACACCGUGCGCGUCAGUUACAUGGAAAUCUACAUGGAGCGCAUCCGAGAUUUGCUGGCCCCGCAAAACGACAACCUCCCCGUGCACGAGGAGAAGAACCGAGGCGUCUACGUCAAGGGGCUACUGGAGAUUUACGUCUCGAGCGUGCAGGAGGUUUACGAGGUAAUGCGCAGGGGUGGCAACGCCCGCGCCGUCGCCGCCACAAACAUGAACCAGGAGUCGUCGCGAUCGCAUUCCAUCUUCGUCAUCACCAUCACGCAGAAGAAUGUCGAGACGGGCUCGGCCAAGAGCGGCCAGCUUUUCCUGGUGGAUCUGGCCGGUAGCGAAAAGGUGGGCAAGACGGGUGCCAGCGGCCAGACCCUCGAGGAGGCCAAGAAGAUCAACAAGAGCUUGAGCGCUCUCGGCAUGGUCAUCAACGCCUUGACCGACGGCAAAUCGUCUCACGUUCCCUACCGAGAUUCCAAAUUGACGCGAAUUCUCCAAGAGUCCCUGGGCGGCAACAGUCGGACCACCCUCAUCAUCAAUUGCUCCCCCAGCAGCUACAACGAUGCCGAAACCUUGAGCACCUUGCGGUUUGGCACGCGAGCCAAGUCGAUCAAGAACAAGGCCAAGGUCAAUGCGGAGCUCAGCCCCGCCGAGCUCAAGCUUCUGCUCAAGAAGGCUCAGGGCCAGGUCACGAACUUUGAGAGCUACAUUCAGAACCUCGAGGGCGAGAUCCAGCUGUGGCGAUCCGGAGAGUCCGUGCCCAAGGAGAGAUGGGCUCACCCAGGAGCUGCCGAUGGCGUGUCCGGGGCCAAGGUCGAUGCUAGGGCGCGGCCUUCCACCCCGUCACGGCCACUUCCGGAGAGCCGAUCCGAGACUCCCAUCAUCUCUGAGCGCUCUGGCACUCCCAGCCUGACGCUAGAGAAGGACGAGCGUGAGGAGUUCUUCCGGCGUGAAAAUGAGCUGCAGGACCAACUCGCUGAGAAGGAGUCGCAAGCGACGGCGGCCGAGAAGCAGCUGCGUGAGACGAAAGAGGAGAUGUCUUACCUCAAGGAGCACGACAGCAGGAUGGGCAAAGAGAACGAGAGGCUCACGACGGAAGUCAACGAGUUCAAGAUGCAAUUAGAACGUUUGAACUUUGAGAGCAAGGAGGCGGGAAUAACGAUGGAUGCCCUCAAGGAGGCCAAUGCCGAGCUUACGACCGAGUUGGACGAGGUCAAGCAACAGCUCCUGGAUGUCAAGAUGAGUGCCAAAGAGAACGGUGCUGCAUUUGACGAAAAGGAAAAGAAGAAGGCCGAGAAGAUGGCCAAGAUGAUGGCCGGGUUCGACCUCGGGGGUGAGGUGUUCAGCGACAACGAGCGCUUCAUCAGCGAGGCCGUGCAGCACAUCGAUGCCUUGCAGGAGCAGAGCAAAGCUGGCGACGCCAUCGCACCGGAAGAGUUCAAAGAGCUGCGGGCCAAGCUGCUGGAGACGCAGGGGAUUGUCAGGCAAGCCGAGUUGAGCCUGUACGGAGCCUCCUCCACCGACAUGGACGCUCGCCGGCGGCAGGAGCUCGAAGACCGACUGGAGUCGUUGCAGCAGGAGUACGAAGAGUUGCUCACCCGCAAUCUCAACGAGGCCGACGCGCAAGAGAUCAAGGGGCGCCUGGAGAAGGCCUACGCCGGCCGACAGACGACGCAGAUGCACCUGGUCGACGAGCUGAAGGCAGACCUAGCGCAAAAGGCAUCAGAGAACGUCCGGAUGAAGACGCUGAUUGAGGACCUGCAGCAGCGUGUAAAGUCUGGGGUGGGGGCGCCGAUGGCCAACGGGAAGACGAUCCAGCAGCAGAUUGCCGAGUUUGACGUGAUGAAGAAGAGCCUCAUGCGCGACCUGCAGAACCGCUGCGAGCGUGUUGUCGAGCUCGAGAUCUCCUUGGACGAGACACGCGAGCAGUACAACAACGUGCUGCGAUCGUCCAAUAACCGGGCCCAGCAGAAGAAGAUGGCCUUCCUCGAGCGGAACCUAGAGCAGCUCACCCAGGUGCAGCGCCAGCUCGUAGAGCAGAAUUCGGCACUGAAGAAGGAGGUUGCCAUUGCUGAGCGCAAGCUGAUUGCGAGGAACGAGCGCAUCCAGAGCCUGGAGAGCCUGCUUCAGGACAGCCAGGAAAAGAUGGCGGCCGCUAAUCACAAAUUCGAGGUCCAGCUGGCCUCCGUCAAGGAGCGCCUGGAGGCGGCCAAGGCGGGCAGCACGCGCGGACUUAACGCGGCGGGAGGUGGCUUCAACUUUGCCGCUGCCGGCAGCCGUAUUGCGAAGCCCCUGCGAGGCGGCGGCGGCGGCGGCGGCGACGCUCUGCCCGUUGUGCCAACGAUCCAGAACAUCCAGCAGAGCGAGGUUCCGACCAACAAGCGGAGCAGCUGGUUCUUCAACAAGUCGUAAAAGCCUCCACCAACGGUUUUCUUGCUUUGGCGGCGUUGGCAGGGUAGGAAACGGAUUUAGACCACCAUACCCCCCUUUUACCGAAGAUGACACUUUCCCCUUGCGUUUCUGCCGCUUUGUCCCCAUUGGCACGGCCACGUUCUUACACCGGUGUCUUGAGAUGGCCUCGCUUCAGAUGUUAUUAGUACUCAUUGUUGCUUUUCGUUUGCGGCACCUUACCUCUCCGAGAAGAUCAAAACCUACACCAAACCCAUCCAUACGAGUUAGGCUCGCGCGUGCCACACACAGCUCUCCUAUUCCCCCCAGGACCUUUCUCGCUGUUUUGCUUGCUUUCUGGCUCUCUGCGCGAGUGAGGAUAUCAUUUUCUCCUAGUCCGGCUCCCUUAUGUUUUCGUUAGACCAGACCAGAGCAAGACCAGACCAGACCA